AUGUACGGAGCUCUUGUCAGAGCGAAUCAACUGAUCAUCGUCUCCUACAAAAUAUGUUUCUUCUUUGUCGGCAUUUUCGGAAACGCCUGUUUCAUUUUCCUUGUUGCCAGCAAGCGCCAGCUUCAAUCGAAAUCGUGUGAGAACUUUUCUUGGAAUUUUUAUUUUCGGUUUUCUUAUUUUCUCAUUUCAGCCAUCCUCCAGGCGACACAAUGUUUUUCCCACAUUUUUUGCCUGAUCGGUACACAAGUGGACACGAUUCUCACUAUUCUCGGUUUGCAGAAUCGGGCCACUCGAUCAAGUUAUCUCUAAUUUCAGACGUCCAACUGCCCCGCUCACAAUGUUACCCUCUUGUGUCGGGUUACGUGUUCUUUGAGACCGCUCAAGCGAUGAUCAUGCUCAUGUUGGUCAUUGACAUUCUUGUGAUUGUCAAGUUGCCAAAAUUGUGAGUUCUGAUUCUCAACCUGGUCUUCAUGAUCAUGUUUCCAUGCAGUUAUCACAAGUUCUCCACUGCCAAGUACGUGUUCGUCAUGCUUAUUCCUGCAGUCAUCUAUGGCACUGCCUUCUUCCUCUGGGGAUUCACGGAUCUCGACGACGAAAUCAUCAUUUUCUGUAAUCCUCCUUUAGGUUUUUCACUUUUAAUCCCAGCUACCUCUGAACAUCACUAUCUAUUCAGCACUUCAUCUGGAAGCGGGGAAAUGGUUUGCGAGAACUAUUGUUCUUCUCAACAUACUGACGCUCGCCGUUUUCAUUUCGUUGAUCAGAAUAUUCUAUAUCAAAGGUGACCAACAUUGGUUUCUGAUUCAAAAUCCACUAUCUAUCCUCAGGUCUAACUCAACGGGGCGAUUCUGCGAAGGUGAUGCGACGUCUCCAACUGUCAGUCGUCAUCUUUCUGUGCUCCUGGUUCAUCAGUCAGUCAGCUGCGUCCUUCUUUUUUUGGCUUGGUCUAAAAGGAGAGACUCUCAACUUUAUGGUUGCCAACGUGGUUGGGACUUCUGUGUUAUCUCUAAAAGUGUGUUCACUUUCAGUCGUUCUUCGUUCUUCUCUCGUUCAGUCAAUCGUUCUACGUCAUCAUCUGGAAAUCGAAAGAAUAUCGACAGCAGUUCGUGUCCCUCUGGUGCGCCAGAUCAAUUGCUUCGCGAGAUAUCACCGCAGUCGGCUCGACCAGCAAAACACCUCAUCAGACAGUUAUUUCAAAGACAAUUUUUGUGCAUGUAUGCUUUUGCUCUAACUCUUGAAAGUGAUAAAUGUUCUUCACGCUUCAAUUAGUACCCAAUGGAAUGAAAAGGUCCAUGAUUGAAGAUAUGACGGAAAAAGUGCAUUUCCCUAGAAGUCGUUAAAGCCAGACUCAAUUUAACAGGUGCCUGUUCUGCAACCCUAGUUGGAUGAGAAGCAAGCGCCUCGAAAUGGAUUUUGACAGAAAUGGCCGUGGCCUAAGUGGAAACCUAGGCCAUCCGAGAAGCGUUUCUCGCUCGCUUUACGCUAUUUUCCGCAAAGGCGCCUCGGAUACCGAGACGCGUACUUGAUGGAAAGGCGGUUAGUUGGAUAGAAUGGCAAAUACUUCUCCGCAAUCCAUUUUUCAGAUUCUCUUCCUCUUCUGCGACAACUCACUGAAUGCUUACUGAAUAUCAACGUUUCUCCCACAUCAUCUGUCUUCUGUUCGAACUUCCGAAUGCUGGGCUUCUCUUCACGGGAAUCGAAAUGAAGAGGAACGAAUGUUUCCCCGCCAUAUCCACCUAGAUUUUCUUCAUCUGUGCCCAGGCAGUCAUCAACUUCAUGAUGACUCUUGAUAUCUUCAUAAUAGUAUUCCUCCCUACUUCCUUCGUCGUCGCAUGGGUUUUCCCUCUGAUGGACGACGAAAUGGUCAUGUUCUGCAAUCCCUUUCAAGGCCUUCAUCCCAUCGUCACUCGCUUCUGGACGUUCUCGAAUGUAAUCAUAAACACAAUUCCCAAUUCUUCUACGUCGUCGUCUGGAGAUCUCCGGAAUACCGGAAUGCCUUUCUGGAGGCGUGGAGCUGCAUUGCUUGCUGCUCACGACACAAAGACAAGUUCGCCAAGUCUUCGAAGGUGUCGGUGGCAGUGCAUUCUAUUCAAGGACUCGCAAUGAUUUGCUCCAAUGCGUAA